AUGCUAACCCCCAAGCGCAAGAGAGCUGCAAGCGGCGUUCGUCCCAAGCUGAGCAAGGCGUUCCUCGCAGCUCCAGGAGGCCUUGAUGAGCUGGCUACUGCCCAUCAUCGACGCAGUCGUGACGAAUUGGUCGGAUUCGAUGAAAGCGAUUUCAGCGAUGAGGAUAGGGAAGAGGAAGAAUGGCGACCUACCGUGAAGGCGAAGAGGCGAGCUCCGAAAUCGAUCGCAAUAUCCAAGGAGGAAAUUGAGAGGGUUGACGCAGCUGUGCCUUGCCACGGAAAGUUUCUGCAAAAGCAAGUAUACAACGGGGCACAUCGAAGCCGACCUCGCCUUGCUGCUUAUGUCGAGUUCCCCGAUGUUCGCGACUUGGACGGCCACAUGCUUACAGCGGCUUUCCUGCCGGCGUAUGCUGUAUUCAAGGAAACCGGGCUUGUGCCAUUCAAAGACAUCGUAAGCGUUUUGCAAGAUCCAGCGCGGCUUGACGAGCGUGAGGAGCUGGUCAACGACCUCGCUCGAGCUCUCGAGAAAAGGCGAGCGAAAAGAGAUGGGAACGCAGAAAUUUUGGGCGAUGCAAUAUGGUGGCUUGUUUACAAAAGCGCUGAUGUCAAGUACUGGUCUCGGGAAGAACAAGACGACGCACUCGACAUUGCUCACGAAGCACUGAGAAACUGGUACCCAACCAUCAAUACUCUGCCCAGAAAAUACCUGGACAAGAACUCGAUAUUACCAGUCUGGCAACACGAGUUGGAUCCUCAGCCUGAGGUAGAGCAAUACAAUCGCGCUUUGCAGCUCUUGAGGUGCUGUGAGCGGAUGGAGCACGUCGGCUUCAACCAGACCAAGGGCAAGUCCAAGGCGGAGAAAUGGGUAGGCGCUUUGCAGGACCGCAGUGUAUUGGGAUCCAGGCCUGUCAGUAAGGAACUGGUUCCGGACUGGAUGAAAGGGCAAGUGGAUGGAGACGAUCUCUUGGCUGAAUCUGAACGAACAGACGAGGAGUGCCAAACGGAAGAGGACAUUGAUGUCAGUGAUGCUACGGCACAGCGCAACCACGUCCAGGCGAGCGAACGAGACCAUGUCCAGGAAGAUACUGACGAUGAAGAAAUCAUGGUGGGCAUCGAGCAGGGUCAGCCACAAGAGCAACCCGAUCAUGGCACUACCACGGAACGAGGUAUUCCACCAGAAGCACGGAUCAAAGGCGAAGACUACACAACACCCAUCGUGAUCAUCGACGAUGACGAGAUCAAGGUCGAGGACGACACCGCACCGAUCGGAGCCCAGCAGGACGACAAAUCAUCUUCCAAGUCCGCCUGCAGCAUUCUGUACAUCACCAACAGAAAAAUCUCAAGAGCCCGCUGCAGAAACAAAAAAUGGUUUGAUGAGUGUUGGGAGGAAAUGGAAUGUUUGGACGCACCCACCAACAACAAGAUUGCUACCGCAGACCCACGAGACUGGUUGACAAGCGAGGAGUGGCGUGAUGCGGUGCGGAAAGAGCUGCGCUUAGGUACGCAUUGGCGCCGAGGUGAGGACGAAGGUCUCGCACUGAAAUUGACGGCUCUGCGUCUCCGGGCAGGAGAUGAGAAGCUCGAUUGCUAUGACUGCAAGGCGCGGCAGUUUUGCAGCACGCCCGAUCAGGUUUCGGAAUUUGUCGACAAGCACCAGAACUGCGAGCUGGAGUACUGCAUCGAUUUCUUCACCGAGGAAGAAAUGGCCAACGGCAACACCAAUGACUUGGAGACACUGAACUUGCCAUGA